AUGGUAACACUCCUCCGGGACCCGAACAUCGACAACUACGACAUUAUUGCCAUCCAGGAACCGUGGAGGAACCCCUGCAAGCACACCGCGAGGCGAAAGAAUCAAUCACCAACCAUCACACCAGAAAUCAAGAAACCAAACACGACUCAGAUCGCCACCACCCCUGAUGAGAAAUCAGUGCUAUUCAAGAAAACAUUCUUACCUCCACCUCCAGAAGCAAACCUCGAAGAUAUCAACAACGCAUCAUACAGCAACCAGAUCACUCUACCGUCAAUAUCAGAAAGUGAAGUAGAAGAGGCCAUUCAGGAAGCAGGACCCCUGAAGACACCAGGCCCUGGCAGCAUCACCAACAUGGCACUUCAAAUAGCGAGACAAUGGAUCACACCACACCUCGCUCGCAUAUUCAAUCAAAGCCUCCGACUCGGAAACUGCCCGCAAAACUUCAGAAAGUCCACCACAGCGGUGUUAAGGAAGCCAGGCAAAAGUAAUCACACAGCACCAGAAGCAUGCAGACCGAUAGCUCUCUUGAACACGGUUGGUAAGAUCAUGGAUGCUACAACAAUAGCAAGAAGGCUAAGCUACCUUGCCAAAACACAUGGACUAUUACCAGACAGCUAUAAGAGCGGGAGGAAUCAACGGUUCACGGAACAUGCACUUCACCGAAUAGUAGACCGUAUAUACGAAGCCUGGGGUUCAGGCAAGAUAGCAAGCUUACUCCUCCUGGAUGUGUCGGGCGCUUUCGACAACGUUUCACCCCGCCGACUCCUACACAUCCUGAGGAAAAGAUGGAUCGACGAAAUAACGGUACGCUGGAUCGCAAGCUUUCUUGGAUCACGAGAGAUGGAGAUCCACGUGGACGGACAUCCCCCAAGCAUCGCCCCUGUCGCCAAUACUCUACCUCUUCUGCAAUGCGGAUCUAUUAGACGGCUGCAACAAAGCCGAAGGCACCACAGCCACCGCCUUCAUUGA